UCAAAAUUCAAUUUUCAAAUGUCUUAAACGUAAACAUUCAACAGCAAUACAUUCACAUGUGAUUAUAAUAUUUUUUUGAGUAAUAAUAAGUUCUUUUUAUUAUUUUAAGAGAUAUCUUGAACACCUUUGUAUUUUUAUAGUUUGUGUUUUAAGUAAAUUACGUUCCAAUCAUGGCUCGCGGUAAAGACAAGAAAAAACGUAAAUUAGAGAAAAAGCAAGAAGGAGAUGAUGUGCCUAAGAAAGUACCGCAUACACUAGAGUCAUUACGAGAAAAAGAUGAGACAACAAUUGCCAAUGCUGAAGCCGAUGAACAGGAAGAGGCACAAAAAGAUAUGGAGUUGGAUGAACUAUCAUCCUAUUUUGAAAAUGCAUAUGAACCAAAAGUGUUGAUUACAUAUUCUGAUAACCCACACACAAAAACUAGAAUAUUUGGCAAAGAGCUCAUGAGGAUAAUACCCAACUCCAUAGCCAGAUAUAGGCAAAGAUCAUCAGUAAAGCGCAUAGUCCAGUCAUCAAUAAGGGAACAAGUGACUGAUGUAAUUAUAAUAAAUGAAAAUCAGAAACAACCUAAUGGUUUCCUUCUCAUCCACCUGCCCAAUGGACCAACGGCGCAUUUUAGACUGUCAAGUUGUAAGAUAACUCCAGAGUUACGCAAGGAUUAUAAAGAAAUAACAAAUCAUAGACCAGAAGUGGUACUUAAUAACUUUAGCACCCGUCUAGGUCUGACAGUGGGUCGGAUGCUUGGUGCACUGUUUCACUAUGAGCCACAGUUCCGUGGCCGUCGCGCCGUCACCUUUCAUAAUCAGAGAGAUUACAUUUUCUUCAGACAUCAUAGAUACGAGUUUACAUCUGACGGCAAACGUGCAAAAUUACGAGAACUAGGCCCCAGAUUCACACUCAAACUGAUCUCCCUUCAGCAAGGCACGUUCGAUUCCAAACGAGGGGACUAUGAGUGGAUCAUUGCCGGCCGCCGCCAUCAACUAGAAACAACUAGAAGACGAUUCUUUUUGUAGAUAAAAUAAAUGAAUUUUUCCAA